AUGUACCACUCGUACAAGUCCAUUGAAGACCGCCCAACUCUUCCCUCGAUCGGUCGUAUUUUCGACGGUGCUCCUGUCGCAGCUGUCGCUGCCCCAGUUUACCGCAGACCCUCUUUGACCCUUCCUCCUCUCGACAAUGGACUCUCAUGGGAGAUGCAAACGCGCCAAUAUGCGUACCCCCCUCAACCACAACCACAACCGAACGACUACUAUCGGAUGCCUUCUUAUAUGUCAGACUCUUACAUUAUGGACCGACUUUCGCCAGAAUCAGACCCUGGACGCGACACCAUGUCAUCUACUAGCAGUUAUUCGAGCACUUCGUCUCACUACGAUGCUACCCGGAUGCCAUAUAGGCCGAGCAGUGCUCCCCAACUUGGUCCAUACCGCACAACACCCUCUUACCACCAGACCGUUCCCCAAAAUCCGUUCUAUGCCACUCGACCACCCUCUUCUUCUGCUGCUGCGAGGCAUCAGUGCCCUUACUGCAAUAAGCGGUUCAAUCGUCCAAGUGGACUGAAAAUCCAUCUGACGGUUCAUACCAACGACAAACCAUAUAUUUGCCCUGAAGAGAGUUGUGGUCGUGCCUUCAGUGUACGAAGCAACAUGCGACGCCAUGUUCGAAUCGUCCACCAACUUACCCGCGAGGGCAGCGGGGAACCCAAUCCGGCAUCUGAAUAA